AUGUGACAUUUCUCAUUCCAAAAUUGUUAUGUUAAUUUCUUCUAAUUUAAAAAAAAAUGAAUAGUUUAGGUCUAAGUAUUAUAUUAAAAAGAGGAUGUUUUUGUGCGAAAGAAACAAUAUAUGUGAAUAAUACAAAAUACUAUUUAAUCGAAAAUUUAGGACAAGGUGGUUUUAGUGUUGUUGACUUGGUUGAAAAUGCACACACAAAGAAAAAAUAUGCAUUAAAAAAAAUAAUAUGUCAUGCGAUUGAAGAUCAGAAAAAUGCAUUAAGAGAAAUUGAAAUAACGAAUCAGUUAAAACAUGAUAAUAUUAUCAAGAUAAUUGAUUCAACGUUUAAAGGAAGUGCAGAUAUUGUUAUAAAUACCAUAUCAGAAAUAUUUAUUGUGUUACCAUACUUUCCUAGAGGUACUUUAGCAAAUUAUUUGGAAAUAAGGGGAACAACAAAUCAUCAUUUGAGUGUGAAUGAAAUUUGUACAACAUUUUCAAAGAUAUGUGAUGCUGUACGCUGUAUGCAUGAAUUUAAACCUGAACCAAUUGCUCAUCGAGAUUUAAAAACAGCGAAUAUUUGUUUAACAGAUAGCUUACAACCUGUUAUUAUUGAUUUGGGUUCGGCUACUGAAGCUCGUGUAAAAAUAUGUGGAUCACAAGAAGCGCAACAACUGCAAGAUUUAGCUGCAGAAAGAUGUUCUAUGCCAUAUAGAGCACCUGAAUUAUUCAAUGUAGAAAGUUAUUGCAUGAUUGAUGAAAGAACAGACAUUUGGAGUUUGGGUUGUAUUUUGUACGCAAUGUGUUACUUCAAAUCACCAUUUGAUACUGUACAUGAAAGAGGAGAUUCUGUAGCGUUGGCAGUUCUUAGUGGGAAUAUUCAUUUUCCAGAAGAAAAUGCACCAUAUCCAGAGGAAUUACACGACUUAAUAAAGUUUAUUUUGAAGGUUCAACCAUCGGAACGGCCGUUCAUAUACAGUGUCUUAUCAAAAACUCAAGAACUGUUAUCAAAGGUGGAAAUGCGAGUUUAAUAACAAUAUUUAUAUUAACAAAAGAAAAAAAAAUUAACUAAAAAUUUGU